GCGGACGGCGGGGAGGCCAUUUUGGACGCCGUCUCAGCUGCGGAAGUUGAAAGGACCUGUUGCUCGUCAGGGUGGCGGCUGGGCAGAGCUUGGCCCCGCGCCCGGCGCUCGCCGUCUGCCGGCCGGCCUCCCGGGGGCGGUGACCGGGCGGCGCGAUGCGGCCCGUGGACGCGGACGAGGCGCAGGAGCCCGAGCCGGACGGGGAGAGGGUCCGCGGCCCCGCGCCCGCCGCCGCCCGCCGUGACGUCAGCGCGCUGGAGCGCGAGCACGUGCGCGCGCACCUGCGGGCGCGCCGGCGGCUGCGGGAGAUGGAGAGCCUGCUGGACGCCGUCCACGGCGAGGCGGAGGCCUCGGGGCAGCGCGCCCCGGGCCCGGCGCGCGGCCCCGGCGCCGAGGCGGAGCAGCGGGUGGUGAGGCUGUGCGCGCAGGUGGAGCGGAAGGCGGCGGAGGCCGCGCUGAUGGGCCAGCGCAUCGUGGAGAUCCACCAGCAGAUCGACGGCCGCGAGGGUUGCUGAAGGGCGCGGAGCUGGUUAUCCGCUGAUGGGCCCGGCCGGUGAGGAGGACUGCCCCCGUGGAGAGGCUGAGGCCACUAGGCUUUCUCCUCCCUGCCCCUGGUUUUCUGUCUGCGUUUUCAUCCUGGUGAAGGCGCUCCAGACCCUUCUGGUAGAUGUCUUCAUUGUCACGUUGUCACACGUGCAGUAGGAUUACGUGGUGCGUGCGGUUUGGAAAAGACAGCGUAGGCAUC